UGACGUUAUAGAUCAAUGACAUCUCCACCUAGAGUAUUACAUGGAAAUUCGCGGAUUGUGACUGGUGGAGAUCGGAUGAGCACAUCGACGGUUCCGCACUACAUCAUGCGAACAACCCUCGCAGCUUACAAAUAUAAAAUAUCCAUAUAGUCAGUCCAGUGUCGAAAGAAAUUCCCGGCGACUGAUCUCUGCCUUGAAGGUUAACACAUAAGUCUUCAUUGAUAAACAUAAUAGCCGCAUACCGGUAUUUAUUAAAGUACUCGGUAUCUUCAAGUUUAUCGCCUGGACGCAAUACAGAUAAGUAAAACUAUACCACGUUACCACAAUGAAGGAAGCUAUCGUUUCAAAGGGACCGGUGGUUGAGAUCAUCGACUCGCCAGUCCCCAAGCCCAAGGCCGAUGAGGUCGUAAUCAAGGUUGAGUACGCCGGCUCCAACCCAAAGGACUGGAAGCUGCCCGAGUGGCUCGGCAAGGUGGCCAACCAGGGAGACGAUGUCUCGGGUACCAUCUUUGAAGUCGGCAGUGAUGUGACCGAGUUCAAGAAAGGCGACAGAGUUAUCGGCUUCCACGUGAUGCUAGCUCCCCACGGAGCCUGGGCCGAGUAUAGCGUCGUGCCCGCUAACACGACUGCUCAUCUUCCCGCGAACAUCAGCUUCGAGCAGGGUGCUGCUAUACCCCUUGCGGCCCUGACGGCCGCCGUGGGACUCUAUUCGCGCCUGCAGCUUCCUGAACCCUGGCGCCCAGCCAAGGAGUCGAUCCCUUUGGUCAUCUACGGUGCCGCAUCCGCCGUCGGUGCAUACACCCUGCAGUUGGCAAUUAAGAGCAACAUCCACCCGCUGAUCUGCGUGGCUGGUAAUUCACAAGAUCAUGUCAGGCAGUUUCUCGACCCUAGCAAGGGCGAUACGAUUGUGGACUACCGUUCGGGCGAUGAAGCUGUCGUAGAAGGUAUCAAGAAGGCACUCAACGGCGCCAAGCUGUUCCACGCCUACGAUGCCGUGUCGGAGAAAGGUAGUUAUCAGAAUUUGAGCAAGAUCUUGGAGAAGGGGUCUAAAAUUACGCUGGUACUUCCGGGUAAAGAUUUUAGUGAAAUCCCGGACCACAUAGAGCGAGCAGUCACAAGCGUCGGAAGUGUACACGACGCCGAGAAGGACUUUGGUUUCGUCUACUUCCGGUAUAUAGCACGGGGUCUCCAGCAGGGCUGGUUCAAGCCCCAGCCGACGAAGGUGGUGCCUGGUGGUCUGGGCGGUGUGCAGCAUGCGCUCGAGGAACUUAAGGCCGGCCGAGUCAAUGCUCAAAAGCUUGUGUUUAAAGUUGCCGACACUGAAGGCGUGAACUAAGCUAGGCAGUUAUAAGACGUUGCCCAUAGAGAGGGAUCUCUGCCUGUAAAUACUUCUCAGUCCAACUGACAAAACUUGUAACCAUGACAUGUCCCUAACACAUCUUCGCUGCACACAUGGCCCUACAGCUGAGUGCGUAAAGCAUUUGAGUAUGGGCUCCG